UUACGCGGGUCACUGGUCGUCCAUCACGUGACCAAUGGCAAAAACUAUUGGCCGAUCGCUGGAAUUUGAAGCCACCCACGCUGAUCAUCAGUAUCAUUGGCUCAAGAGCUGAGCUAAGCAAACGAUUCAAAUUGACCUUGAAAAAUGGACUGUGGAAAGCGGCUGAAAGUGCCGGCUGUUGCAUCAUUUCGGACGGUCUAGAUCGUGGAAUGACUAAGGUUGCCGGCGAGGCUGUUCGUGAUUACAUGGAGGCUUACGGCGGCGAUCAUAUGGUCAUGGUCGGGGUGACUGGAUCCGAUCAAAUUGCUUUUCACGAACUUUUUAAGCCAGACGGAGGCGGAUUACAGCACUCAAAGGGUCGAGAUCCCAGAACCACCGUUUACUAUCCAGAACCGCUGUCGGACGAGGAACCGGAUGAGAAUGCAGUCAGCUCAACCAGUUCCAUGGAUUUACCCUACUGGUCUGAACGUCUGCUCAAUGACAUGCAAUCCAAACCAGCCCCACCAGCCGAUGCGCAACGAACUGGUGUACCAUUCGGGCAGAGUAAACCGUCAGCUGCAUCCGCUCAACUGUCCGAAUCGCAACGUGACUGGACCACGGGUGGGAAACGACGCAAGUUUCGUCUGAAUGAUAACCAUCAGUAUCUCCUACUGGUUAAUAACGACCGUGCUGAAUCGAAGGAGAUCCGAUAUAAUCGAUAUUUGGAAACACGUAUCCUGUUUGAACGGACCAUUGUCACUUGGGCUAAGCCUAGUAUAGACGCUCCAGCAAUACUAGGUACCAAAAAACCCCGCGCUUCUGUCGCGUUACCAAGCCUCGUAGAUGGACUAUUUGAUGGAGGUGAUCCAGUCGCCCCUCGAAUUCACUCGAAGCAAUCAAUAAUUCCAGGGGAUACCGAUCCGUCCGUCCCGAACAGGUCACUUGGUCGUGACGGUGAGUCCUUGGUCCCGCGAAAUCUAUCCUCCGUGGCCGGGGCCAUGAUUACCCCGGAACGAAUGGACACACGCGGCUCGCAUGCAAGUAUGACUGAAACGCAGACCACACCAAGUGAAGUCAUCGCAAAAGUGCCCAUUUGUGGCAUUGUGGCUGGCAGUGGAUCCUCCUUGAUCGAACAUGUGUAUGCGUCAGUGACACUGAAUCGUUGUCCGAUGGUAAUUGUCCGGGGCACCGGGGGCAUGGCUGAUGUGAUUGCAAACGUAAUGGAUUUCAUGGCCUUUAAGAAUUCAUUCGAAGAGAAUGUGAUCACGGAUGAGGAAAUCGAUAUGAAAAUCGCAAGUAUCAUCCACGAAACACGGACAGAAGCUCAAGGUCAACCACAAGGUGGUCGCGCCAGAGGCAAGAAAUUCCAAUCGCGCACAAAAGAGGCUCGCCUGGGAGAAAAACGUGACGGGGCAGAUGGUGCACGAACCACGGAGGGGCAACAAGCUGCCAAACCGAAAGCAGUAAAUUUGAAAGCAUACUCUCGGUUAGUUGAAUUGUUACGGGAUUUGACCGAGAACUACGGACAUCUUCUAUCUGUGUUUGACAGUGAGGACACCGAUCUGGACGGGUACAUGAUUUCAGCCUUGUUGAGUAGUGCUGGCUUGGAUACACCACGAAACGAACUCAAUUUGGAUCAACUGGAAAUCGCCAUUCGACUAAAUCGAGCAGAUAUUGCCCGAACCAAAAUAUUCCUAGAAGGAAAACAUUGGAAGCGUGGUGGUUUGGACGAUUUCAUGUUCACCGUGAUUCUGAACGAUCAGAACGAUUUUGUCAGUCUGCUGCUGGAGAACGGAUUCAAUUUGGAAGAGUUUCUCACGGUACAUACGCUGGAACGUCUGUAUACGGAAUUCUUGAAGAAAACAGAUUACAAAACCGGCUUAUUUCAACAGUUGUGGAAACGUGCUCGAAUCUAUAAAAUGGAAUGGGUCAUGCUUCGGGAUAUCGGUCGAAUUAUCAAAAAUUUGGUCGGCGAUUUCUAUCAUCCGUUGUACCUGUCCAAGAAGUUCCGCAACACCGUCGUUGAACGUGGAGCGCACGAUUCUAGCGAUGAGGAUGACAUGGAUCUGGAUAGUUCACAGUUUAAAGGUCAGUGGCGUACUGAUUACGGUCGAGAACGAUCAAAUGGUUUAAUUGAGCCCGGGAAUUCAUCUUCCGCGACAACAUCAGCUUCCAGUUUACCGGAAGAAGAAACCGUCUACCCGAAUUCCGGACGACCACGCGCACGCAGCACUGAACCCACGGGGUCUCGUUCCACCCUAUCCGCGGAAAGUUUGAAGCCUCAAGCCAAACCAAAAUCACCAGGCAGUCAAUCAAAACGAGAUUUAAGGAAAUCUCGGCCGGUUGAGUUUGACGAUUCGGUCCGUGGAAGUACCACAGUCACUGGUCGUGUGCCUGCUGAGUUGACCAAUGGUAGAUCGGUUUCAAAUGUUAGUCGAAUCACCGACGAUGGAGAUCAGGUGACUUUGAAAGGUACAAGUGACAGUGCCUCUGAUGCCGGAUCUGAUACCACAUUGAUCCAUCAUUCGCGGAAGCCUCGUCGACAAACGUCUAGACCUCAGUCCCGUCCAGUUUCUAUCGAACCGCAACCAAAUGGUCGUCGUUGUAUUGUUCGACCGAUUACCGGGUUGAAUUUGGGCUAUCAACCAUAUUUGGGAUUCACUAAUCCAGUGUACAACGGAGAUGUGGGAUCUGGUCGUAACCACAGUGAGGGGAGGCCCGGACGAGCACAGACAAUAGGACGCCGACGUCUCGUCACUAUCACACAGGAUGGUCAGACAGUGAUUAUGGCCCCAAAAGCACAGGCUGAAUCUACUCGAAAUUUGAGCAUAGUGAGUUCAAAUCAGGCGAAUGGGACGGUGAGUCGAACCCCAUCGAGCCACGAUCUGAGUCACUCCGUACGUUCGGAAGUGUCGAAGCGACCCAGGGAACAAGGACGGGAAUCGAAUGUACGCCAUGCCGUAUUCGCGGACGAUUUGAAUCAACCGUUGUUUCGGCGUGCCCGAUCAGCUAGCUACUUCACUCUAGGUCGGACUGGUCGGUCUGAUCUACGACCGAAUAUUCCCGGAGCGCGACGAAAAUCGAGUAGUGGAGCGCGCCGUGUGGCUCAUUCCAUUCUGCAUCCGCUCACCGACCCUGAGAAGGCUCAGUUGCAAAUCCGUGAAAUUGAACGCAUGGCCCGGGAACGUCGUCGUGAGAAGGAACGGCGACAUCGACACCGAGUUGCUCAGGGCAAAUUUACCUUGAUGGAACGGUUGACUGGGAAGGCAAAGGAACAGAGACUGGAAGAACUUAAACCAGCCAAGUUAGCAAAUUUCUCGCACACGUCGACAGUCACAUUUGAGCGACCUGCACGCGAAAUAAUGGUCAUGUGUAUUCUGGUGGGAAAACUGACGAUGGCUGAGGUGUUUUGGAGUUAUGAAAAGGAACCGAUCGCCUCAGCACUGGUUGCAUCAAUUCUGUUCAGUGAAUUGGCCAGCAAGUCGGACGAUGUGGCCAACAAAGAGGAGUACGAGGAAGCUGCGCGAAGGCAUUUUGAACCAGUACACAAAGUACAAAUGGAGUGGAAUAUGAAUAUUUCAGUCGAGUUUGGAAAUAUUGACUCUGCAUACGAUGCACUUUGUCCAGCCAAAUGUAAUUUUGAGGAGAAAGCUGAGGAAGUACUGGAGGAAUGCCAUCAAGAAGAUAGGGUUCGAACCCAACUCCUACUGUGUCGAAAAUUGGAAUUCUACGGAGGUAGUUCUGCAAUUCGUUUGGCCGCUCGUGGUCGCUGUAUCCGGUUUAUGGCACAUCCGUGUUGUCAGGAGCUGUUAUCCGGUGUAUGGAUGGGGGAGCUGUCUCCAAAGUACACAUGGUUUCAGCCUCCGGCGGAUUAUGACUCGGUUGGAACCCAAUAUGGGUUGUGCUUUAUCCGGUAUUACGAAGAUGAAAAACGAUGGAAAAUACAACUGAUGCGUAUCAAAGCGUUCUAUCGGGCUCCGGUAAUUCGAUUCAUCUAUAACACAAUUUUCUAUCUGUUUUUCCUGCUGCUUUUCAGUUGGACUUUACUCACCGGGUUGACAUUGAGCUUCAACUAUUUCGAAUUAUUUCUCGUACUCAUGGUGGUCUCGUUUCUGUCGGAAGAGCUGAAACAGGCCCUGGGCCCCGGAUCCAGUCUACGGGAAUACAUCAGUGACGGAUGGAAUCAAUUGGACUGUCUCGCGAUUGGUUUUUUCAUAAUCGGAUUGGCUCUCAAAUUCCAAGUGUACAGCAAAAUAAAAAACGAGGCCAGAGCAGCUUAUUUACAUCUGUUACGAAACCGUACCGAAUCACUUCUGUUCAUAGACGACAACAAUACCACCACCACUAACAAUACGAUGAUCACUUUGACGCUCGAAAACUGGUGGACUUCUAACAGGACAUGGUUUGAUGGACUAUACGCCCCCAAUACAACACGCGUCACAAACGGGACGGAGUCACCGUUGGAUAACACCCUGUUGUUCGUGAACAGGGCAUGGAAUUUCAGUGAGAAUCUCCUACCCCAAGUGGCUGAUUUGAUCUUGGACGGUGCACCCAGAGGCGCCACCGGUAGCAGCACCAGCGGUCUGGCCUGGAAUUUGGAUGAUCCGUACUUUUUGCUCAACAAUCAGACUGUGAUUAUUUCACGCAUUUUCUACGCGCUCAGUCUGUUCGCGUUCUACGUUCGUUUGAUGUACAUAUUCAGCUUCAGUAUGGUUCUCGGACCGAAGCUGAUUAUGCUUAAUCGAAUGAUAGUGCACGAUUUACUCCCAUUCUUGCUUAUUCUAGUCGUCUGUCAAAUGGGUUACGGGAUUGCGGUACAUUCGAUUGCCUACGCGAACGGAUAUUUUGCUGAUUACGAACAGUUUGCGAUGACAAUCAAUUCAACAAUCAAAUGGAAAACGGGGCUGAAAAGUAUCUACGAUGCGAUUAUCACAUCCUACUUCCAAAUGUUCGGCCUUUUUAGUUUGAAUGAACUCCAAGGAGAAAGUUCCGAAUGCCGUGACGACAAUAUGUGUCCACAGACUUCCGCUCGGCGUUUGUCUGUGGUAAUGCUGAGCGCUUUUGUAUUGCUUACACAAGUUCUCAUGUUCAAUCUGCUCGUGGCCACGUUCACCUCUACUUACAACGAAAUCGAAGGCUCGUCAUCCUACUUUUGGUGUUAUCAACGAUACGAAAUGAUUCAGGAAUUUGUGGAUCGACCUUCGGUUGCCCCACCGUUCAUGCUGGUCUCGUACACGAUCGAAUUUACCGGUUUCCUGUGUCGAAAAUUAUGCAAUGUGAUUUUGGGCCGAGAAAGUGAACAGGACUGCGAUGAUGAUCCUUUCUGUAAGUCAAGGUUCGGUGUUCUAUAG